AUGAAGGUAUUUACAGUAGUAGUUUUGAUAUCAAUAAGCAUCGUUUCUGGAGGUAGAGUCCAUAUAGGACUUCCAUUAUUUGAACAAUCUCUGUUUCCUGGACGGAUAGUCGGCGGCACUGAAGCGCCACGUAAUGCUGCCCCCUACAUCGUAUCCUUGCAGAAAAAUGGCCGUCAUUUCUGUGGAGGAUCCAUUAUUGCAGACUCUAUUGUCUUAACAGCGGCACAUUGUAUGAUCUACCCCGAAUUCAACGUUGUUGCUGGUCUUCAUAAUCUCAAGGAUGCUGAUGCACAAAUUCGUACAGCUGUCAGGUAUACUAAGAACGAACAUUAUGCUGGUGGUGUCAAUCCGAACGAUGUAGCGCUGGUUUUCCUGGAUAAACCGUUGAGUUUUAGUGAAACUAUUCAAAAAGUUGAUCUGCCAAUUCCUGAUACCAUUCCUUUGAAAGCUGCAGAACUUUUUGGAUGGGGAAGUACUUCCGAUACGAUGUUUCAAUCAAUGCCAAUGGAUUUGCAGACAGUGCUUGUGCCAGUUCUUAAUUAUAGUAAAUGUGAGAAAGCGUUGGGAGGACCUGGAGCUACCCCGCUUGCAGAAACUAAUGUCUGCACAGGACCACUGACCGGAGGUAUCUCAGCAUGUAGUGGAGAUUCUGGUGGACCGCUUGUGCAAAAGGAAAAUGAGAAAUCGGUCGUAAUUGGAAUUGUUUCUUGGGGAUAUUUUCCAUGUGGAACUAUAGGCGCUCCAUCAGUGUACACUCGUGUAUCUGCUUUUGUGUCGUGGAUAUUGGAAAAUAUCAAAUAAUGAGGUCUACUGCUGCAAUGUACAUUAAACAUUCACAAGCAGGUCCUCAUUUUUUAUUUAGCAGGCACUGAUAGAAAGUUAGGAAAUAAACAGU